AUGUGUUCAGCCAUGUGCGGUCCAGAAUGUACGUAUUUUGGCGUCAAUUUGCACACAAAGAAAUGUCGAGUUUACUCGGGAUGUCAUCCGGGUAAUUUAACAGAAGUUCAAGUAGGAUGGAGAUACUACAGUGCGGAAUCUGAAGGGAGUAAACGUCCACUCAAUUGUAAAACAUUGCUCGCUGAUGGUCACACUUUGUCCAAUGUUUAUACUAUUUAUCCCUGUAACAACCAAUGGUCUGUAAACGUCCAGUGUGAUAUGAACACCAAAGGUGGAGGAUGGACGGUUAUACAGAAGCGUGUUGACGGAUCAACCGAUUUCAACAGAACUUGGAAUGAAUACAAGGAGGGAUUUGGUUCGGUUAUGUCAUCUUAUUGGUUGGGAAAUGACGUCAUUCAUCUGUUAACCAAAAACAAGCCGUCUCUUUACGUGUCCAUUACUCUAACAAAUGGAACCACUCUAUAUCAACAGUACGAAGAGUUCUCCAUAUCUAACGAGACAGACAGAUACAGACUUUACCUGAAUGGACCAACCACAGGAACACUAGGUGACAGUAUGUUUAUCACUGGGGCUUACAACUACGAUCUGUCCGGGAUGUCGUUCUCCACUCUGGACAGGGAUAACGACAGACGGUAUGGUGAUAACUGUGCUGUUGUAUACGGAGGAGGAGGCGGCUGGUGGUAUUGCGCAUGUCAUGACGCCAACCUCAACGGUCCCUGGUCCCCGGCACUCUGGUACAUGCCAUGGUUUCCUACAGUUGUGUCUAGUAAUGAGAUAAAGGAGACUUCCAUGAUGAUAAAACAUCACUGA